AUGUCGGAAAGGCGUUCUGCUAGAAGUAAUAAGGGUAAACAUUCCCAAAGAGAAUUCGAAGAAGAUGUGUUUUAUCUGGGAGCUGCUAAGAGAGAACUUAAUGAAGGUACUGGUGUAGCUGAGACUAAUACCAAGAAGCAAAAAGUGGGAUCUAAUGCAGCUGGAGUAAAAAAGGAAGAAGAUGAUGAAGAUGAAGGUGAAGUAUUGUGCACUCCAUGUGGAGCCAAUAAAGAUAACUAUGAUGAGGAAACUGACCAAGGCGGCACCAUGAUUGAGUGUGAUGAAUGUAAGACUUGGCAACACGCUAAAUGUAUGGGAUAUAUGACCAAGAAGGCAAUUCCAAAGGAUUAUAAGUGUAAUUUAUGUGAGCCAAGGGACUUACCUCAAGUUCCAGAGUCCAAGGUUGUAGAGAAGGUGCCAAUCAAUGCAGCUACAGCUCAUGCUUCAUCUCCUACCAGUGUGGUUAUUCCGCCAUCAUCAUUCUACCCUGUGACUCCAACGUAUUCCUUAGAUAAUCUAAAAGAUAAGACUCGAAAAUCUGUAGCAAAGGCGUUCCUAAAUGUAUUUCAAAGGAACCUUCCUCUGGAUUCUGAAGAUCAGACCCUUCCAAUAAAAAUGGCACUCGAGUUGGAAAGUGAAAUUAACUUGUUUCUGCCAAGACAGGGGCAAGAGAGGAAGUAUACCGACCGAAGUAGAAGCUUGGUUGUGUUGAUUAAAAAGCCUAAUGUAAUGAAUAGAAUAAUUCUGAAGGAAUUAACCUUUAAGGACAUUGUUAACCUGUCCCCUGAGGAAAUUGAUGAUGAGUUGAAAAAGUACGCUGAAAAGGUCAGAUCAGAGUCAAUUAGAAGACUGGUGUUGACCAUAGAUGAUGCUAGUAGCCAAAGAAUUAGAAGAACCCAUAAAGGUGAGGAAAUAGUUGAAAAUGUGGAAGGUGAAAAGGAUGAUAACUCCAGAAACGAAGAAAUGAUUAUUAGUAAAAAUGUUGACCAUAGGAGAUUCGAAGAAAAGGAGCCGUCAAGAGAAAUCGAAGAAAGCAGUAAACAACAACAUCUUGUGAACAAUAUUCAAUAUGAUGAUAGUGAUGUCGAAGUUGACAAUCGCAGGGAAGGUGAAGAAGAAGGCACGGAUAACAUUCCAGAUUUGGAUGAUGAUGACUUAGAUUUCAUCCUUAAAGACAAAAAAGUAGAAGAAGAACCAGUAAAGAAGUUUCCCCUUCCAACUGCAAAGCAGCCAUCAGUUACAACAUUUUGGAACGGACGUAUUACAUUUCCUGAGUUUGUAACUUUUGUAACAAAGGCUUCGUUUAUAAGCGCUAUAUCUUCGAACUCGGCAGGGUCCUCUCCAGUUCCAUCUUCAGUAUAUCAAAGACAACUUAAAGUGAUUAAGGAAGUUUUUUCUAAACCCGCUUAUGAGAUAGAAGGUAAGCUUGAUAAAACUAGAGCCGAUCAAUAUCUCAGUAAAAUUGUCAGUACUAGAGAUUUGUUCUUAGUGAAGUUGCACUGUGAGGACUCUGAUGAGGCAGAAGGAUUCAACAAGUUGAAAGAUUAUUUGUUUGAAAACAAUAAAGUAGGGGUCUUAUCUGGGAAACCACACUUUGUUAAGGAUUCAUAUAUAUUAAGCUUGAAAGAGGGAAACAUUCCAGAGUAUUUCAAAAAAGAUGAUAUUGGCGAGGGUGGUUUAUUUGCCGUUUUCGUGGUAAAGAAGGAUUACAUUCCGUCGAAUAGAAGUAUAUUGAAAAGAGCAGUACCUACUAGCAAUUUCACUGAAAGUUACAAUACGCCUAAGGCUAAGGUAGACACCUCGUCGUUGGAUUCUAUUUUAAGUAAACUAGAUGCAGAUGAUGAAUAUACUCCAAGUCUUGAAGGUAGAUAUUCAAAUGAAAAUGUCAACAGAAAUAACAGCAAUAAUAACAGUAACAAUAACAAUAAUAUAGCCAGUAGCUUGACAACUGAACAGUUACAGUUCCUAUCUGGAAUUGUGCAACAAAACCCACAUGUUCAGAAUAAUCCUGACCAAUUGAUCCAAUUACUACAGGAACAAAACCACUAA